AUGGACAGUCUAGACAGUAUGAGUAUGAAUUCUCUUGGUAUGUUAGCAUGGAACCAGACAGUGACAGCCGGUCUUCUUUUUCUGGUGAUUGCUAUUUCUGGUUUCAUUUACAAGCGCCUCGUAUCGCAUCCUCUCAGCCGCUACCCAGGUCCACUCAUCGGACGCCUGACAAGUCUUUACAACACCUAUCAUGCCUUUAAGAAAGAUCAAGCCCGCAACUUGCAUCAGCUUCAUGAGCAGUAUGGGCCUAUUGUUCGCUACGGUCCCAAUCAUGUCAGCAUUCGGUCCACAGAGGGUGUGAGAGUGCUGUACACGUGCAGUCGUUCUGUUAGAAAAGCGGACAAUUAUCUAGCGUUCCCAAGAAACCCAGAGAUGGCUACUUUAUUCUCGUGUAUCAACAAACAAGUACAUGCCAAGAAACGGCGAAUACUUCGGCAAGGCUUUUCGGACUCGGCCCUCAGAAUGGCUGCUAUCACCAUCAAAAAACAUACUGCGACUCUUUGUCGAUGUUUGGAGUUUCUCGACAACGAUGAUCAAGAAGCAUGUAUAUUGUCAGGGCAAGAAACUUUAAGGCCAUGGCAAUGGAGUACGCCUAAGAAUUUCUCGGAGUGGAUCAGCCGCUUUACGUUCGAUGUUUCCAGCGAUUUGUCAUUUUCGAAAUCCUUCGACAUGAUGCGUCACUCUGGGAACAGACACAUCAUCAAGACUCUACACGAGACAUUAUGGGCAGACAAUAUUGCAGGGUCAUCUAUCACGCUUUUUCAGAAACUGAGACUGAAGUGGCUGCUCUUUCCGCAAUCCAUACGGUCUACCGCCACAUUCGACACCUUCAUCGAAAUGGCAGCGAGUGAAAGAGUGAGCAAGCUUAGUGACACGAAGAAGGAUUUCAUGUUCUGGCUCACUGGGGCGGUCGACCCCGUUACCGGAGAUACCUUCACGAUGGAGGAGCUCGUCGAAGAAGCAAUCUUGUUGAUUACGGCAGGGAGCGACACGACCUCAACUGGUGUUUGUUCCACCAUGUACUAUCUGCUGCACAAUCCCGACAAACUUGCAAGGCUUCAAACAGAAGUCCGAAAAACCUUUUCCAGCGUUGAUCAGAUUGAUUUUGGCACGGAGUUACAAGCAUGCACUUACCUUCGGGCAUGUAUCAACGAGGGUCUGAGACUCUCCCCAGCGGCUGGUUCGGUUUUGCACCGUGAAGUGGAAGCUGGUGGCGUUCAAGUCGGGGAGGCCUUUUACCCCGAGGGAAUCAAUAUCGGAGUCCCUGUCUUCUCCAUUCACCAUGACGAGGAAUACUUUCAGGAGCCUUUUUCUUUCCAACCGGAGAGAUGGAUAGUGGGCGAGAGGCUAUCUGAUGGCACACUGAUAACCCCCGAGCUUCUGAAGCAUUCGUCCAGCGCUUUCAUGGCAUUCAGCUCUGGAAACCGCGGGUGCAUCGGAAAGCCGCUCGCCUAUCUCCAAAUGUCUAUCCUGUUUGCGACUCUCACAUUCAAAUAUGACAUAAGGCUGUGUCAGAAUGCAUGGGUGAAUGGCACGUAUAGUGGACAGGGGCCAGAUCCGUCGAAAGAGUACGAACUACAGGACAUGUUCAUCAGUUGGAAGAAUGGGCCACUUAUCGAAGUUAAACCCAGGGCAUCAUAA